AUUGCAAUUUGCAUCAACAAAGGAGAGCAUGAUUUGGUGUUGAAGUGAAGAGUGCCGCCGUGGUGAGAAGAAGAAGAAUGGAAGGAAGGAGGCGCGGUGGUUGGUGUGGUCGGCGCAUAGUCGCAACCAGAAGAGGAACUUCCGGCGCCACCGUCAGCAAUGGCUUCCGUCUCAACAGCACCACCAGCAACGAUGACAGUGUCGUCAAGAAGCUCUUCGGCCGCGAGAUUUGUUCCAAGCCUCACCGUGCUUUCGCCGCCACCACCGCUUCUCACAGAUUCCGCACCAUGCGUUUGACUCAACAGUACGACACUCACGAUCCGAAGGGACCCUCUUCUCCUUCUCCUCUUCUGCCCUUUCUGAUGAAGAGGACUAAGGUUGUUGAGAUCGUCGCUGCUAAAGAUAUAGUGUUUGCUCUUGCUCAUUCUGGUCUCUGUGCUGCUUUUAGUAGAGAAACAAAUGAGAGGAUUUGUUUAUUGAAUGUCUGCCCUGAUGAAGUCAUCCGCAGCCUCUUCUACAAUAAGAACAAUGACUCGCUUAUUACAGUGUCUGUUUAUGCUUCUGAGAGCUUCAGCUCUUUGAAAUGCAGAUCGACAAGGAUUGAAUACAUACGGAGGGCCAAGCCGGAUGCUGGCUUUCCUCUUUUCCAGUCGGAGUCUUUAAAAUGGCCUGGAUUUGUGGAAUUUGAUGAUGUUAACGGAAAGGUCCUAACUUACUCUGCACAGGAUAGUAUAUACAAGGUGUUUGAUCUUAAAAACUACACCAUGCUUUACUCGAUUUCAGAUAGGAAUGUUCAAGAAAUCAAGAUCAGUCCAGGCAUCAUGUUGUUAAUCUUCAAUAGAACCAGUGGCUAUAUUCCCCUUAAGAUUAUAUCCAUUGAAGAUGGCACAGUUCUCAAAACAUUUAAUCAUCUACUUCAUCGGAAUAAGAAGGUGGACUUCAUAGAGCAAUUCAAUGAAAAGCUUCUUGUCAAGCAAGAAAAUGAGAACCUUCAGAUACUUGAUGUUCGAAAUGCUGAGCUAAUGGAAGUAAGCAAAACUGAGUUCAUGACCCCAUCAGCAUUUAUCUUUCUGUACGAGAAUCAGUUGUUCCUUACAUUCAGAAACCGAACAGUUGCUGUUUGGAACUUCCGUGGGGAGCUUGUUACUUCAUUUGAGGAUCACCUGUUAUGGCAUCCAGACUGCAACACAAAUAACAUAUACAUAACAAGUGAUCAGGAUCUAAUCAUCUCAUACUGCAAGGCUGAUUCUGAAGAUCAAUGGAUGGAAGGCAAUGCGGGUUCAAUUAAUAUCAGCAAUAUCUUAACGGGAAAAUGCGUGGCUAAAAUUAAUGCUGCAAAUACCUGCACGAAGGUGGACGAGUGCAGCUGCACUGCUUGCAGCUGCAAGCAGACUCAUUCAUCCCAAAUAAGGAGCUCGGUUGCAGAGGCUUUGGAAGACAUAACUGCCCUCUUUUAUGACGAAGAUCGAAACGAGAUAUACACCGGUAACAGGCAUGGUCUUGUUCAUGUAUGGUCCAACUGAUGAAAAGGCUUUUCCUUUUAAUUCUGGCUUGGAUUUUCUGAUGGGAAUGAUUCUGAUUCAGCAUUGGAUGCCUCUGAACUGCCUCAGCAUUGUACAAUAUCUGUCAUUUGAUAUGAAAUGGUUAUCUAGCACAAUGUUGUUGUGUGUUUCAUAGUUUAUGCUGAGAUAACCAGUUAUAGGGUGAAUAUUUACCUGUUCAGGAAGUAUUUUGUAUCUAUGCUUUUCUUGUACUUUGAGUUUUAGGUCCUUUUAGAGGUUUGUCUUUAUAGUUUCUGUAUAGCGCAAUGACUUCUGGAUAUUUUGAGGCCGAUGAGACAUCUUGUAUUAUUAGUUUAUCUUGGAAACUAAAGGGGAUAAUGUGGGAUGGAUGCAAAAUGGGCAGAGUACAUGGGUUUUUAUCCCUUAUCUGUAUCAUUGGUGUAAAUCACACAAUUAAUCUGAAAAACAAUUCGGUUUAGUUGCAA